AUGACUCGGCGCAGGCCGGGCUGGGGUCGCUACUCCUUGGCGAAGUCCUUCCCGACGAAGGCACUUGCGCGGAGUAUCCAGACAGACGCCGUCGCGCACCUGGCGGGCUCAGGGCCGCGCGAACCGAACUCGGCCCCGCGCUCGCCCCACUCGCUCCGCGGUGACCGGCCCUUUGCGGUGGCGCCCGGAGCCCAGCCCUCUGGGUGCCUCUGCCUCUCUGAGCGCCGGGGUUCCGUGUUCUUCCACGUCGAGUGUGGGGAGCAGAAGUUCACUGUGGUGCUGCGCUCGGCCGUGCCGGAGGUCACAGGCUUUCUCUGGGUCUCAGUGGUGCUUGUGUUGCAGGACGCAGAGGGCUCCACUUGUCUGCACCUCGCUGCCAAGAAAGGUCACUAUGAUGUGGUUCAGUAUCUGCUUUCGAAUGGACAGAUGGACGUCAACUGUCAGGAUGACGGCGGCUGGACGCCCAUGAUUUGGGCCACGGAGUAUAAGCAUGUGGAGCUCGUGAAGCUGCUGCUCUCCAAGGGUUCUGACAUCAACAUCCGGGAUAACGAGGAGAACAUUUGCCUGCACUGGGCCGCGUUCUCGGGCUGCGUGGACAUAGCCGAGAUCCUGCUGGCUGCCAGAUGUGACCUCCAUGCCGUGAACGUCCAUGGGGACUCACCCCUGCACAUUGCUGCCAGAGAGGACCGCUAUGCCUGUGUCCUCCUCUUUCUUUCUCGGGAUUCAGAUGUCACCUUGAAGAACAAGGAGGGAGAGACACCCCUGCAGUGUGCAAGCCUCCACUCCCAGGUGUGGGAUGCGCUGCACACGAGCCGGGCGCUUCGAGACGCGGCCCCAGACAGGCCUGCACCGACGGAGAGGACGGUGAGCAGAGACAUUGCUCGCGGCUAUGAGCGCAUCCCCAUCCCGUGUGUCAAUGCUGUGGACAGCGAGCCGUGCCCCAGCAACUACAAAUACGUUUCUCAGAACUGCGUGACGUCUCCCAUGAACAUUGACAGGAACAUCACCCACCUGCAGUACUGCGUGUGCAUCGACGACUGCUCCUCUAGCAACUGCAUGUGCGGCCAGCUCAGCAUGCGCUGCUGGUACGACAAGGACGGCCGGCUCCUGCCCGAGUUCAACAUGGCGGAGCCGCCCUUGAUCUUUGAGUGCAACCAUGCCUGUUCCUGCUGGAGGAGCUGCCGGAACCGCGUCGUGCAGAACGGCCUCCGGGCCCGGCUGCAGCUCUACCGGACACAGAACAUGGGCUGGGGUGUGCGGUCCCUGCAGGACAUCCCCCUGGGCACCUUCGUUUGCGAGUACGUUGGGGAGCUCAUCUCUGACUCGGAAGCUGACGUUCGGGAGGAAGACUCUUACCUCUUUGAUCUUGACAACAAGGACGGCGAGGUGUACUGCAUCGAUGCUCGCUUCUACGGGAACGUCAGCCGCUUCAUCAACCACCACUGCGAGCCCAACCUGGUGCCCGUGCGCGUGUUCAUGUCACACCAGGACCUGCGGUUUCCCAGGAUUGCCUUCUUCAGCACCCGCCUGAUUGAGGCCGGGGAGCAGCUGGGGUUUGACUACGGGGAGCGCUUCUGGGACAUCAAAGGCAAGCUGUUCGGCUGCCGGUGCGGCUCCCCCAAGUGCCGACACUCCAGCACAGCCCUGGCGCAGCGGCAGGCCAGCGCCACCCAGGAGGGCCAGGAGAACGGCCUGCCCGACACCAGCUCCUCCACCGCUGACCCCCUCUGAGCGGCAGCCGGCGUGGGGCACCGGGCGUCGGUGUUGUGCACACUGCGGUCAGAGAGGAAGGAGAAGUGGAUGCCUGAAGGCCCCGACCUGGGGCUGCAGGGCUGCAAGGCCCCAGCGUGGUGGCCCGUGGGCCGGGGGCGGGCGCUCGGGAACACUCUGGGAUUCCGCGCUGGCGUGACCUUGUGAGUUUCUGAUGAUGGUUUUGUCGUUUCCACAUUUCUCGUUCCCCCUCUACUCCCCUGGUUCCCGUUCCACUGUGGGGCUUGUUGGCCAAGUCCUGUGGGCCCAGAUCCCCGCGUGGCACCUGCCGAAGGCACAGUCAGCCACGAGCUGCUCCGUGGACCCGCCUGCCCGAGGCCUGCGUGGCAGGUGCCGUCCCCACCUCGACCUGGGAGAGGUCCAGGGCGAGCCGUCACUGACUUUGGAGAAAAUGUGGGUUUGCUUUUUAAAGAAGUUCUAUAUCUAGUCCUAUAUAUCAGACCUCUAAUGCAUUUCUUUCCGAGGAAGCGGUUUGUCGGGUGCAGGAGGGCCACGGCCCCCAGAGGACCCCGCACCAGCCCCGCCGGCUCAGCGACGCUGGCGCCUUUUGUUGAUUUUUAAACCACAUGCUAUGAUGAUGAAUAAACUGAUUUAUUUUCUACCAUUAUUGAACAUUAGGACAAAUAAAAAACACAAAACACAGACAA